CACACUAUGCCUGCAUCUGUGCAGCUGGGUUCCUGUGCGAUCCAAUCUGCAUGCACCCCAAACGCAGGUCAAAAAUGCAGUGCAUUUGCCCACUCCGGGUCGCAUGGUACUUUUGUACCAUGUGAUCUGGUUACAGUGUGUUUUAAAAAGUAGUGCAUGCACUACUUUUGGGGUAUACCCAGGGGCGGACUGACCAUUGGGGAACUCAGGCACUUCCCGAGGGUCCGGGGUCAGUAGGGGGCCCCAUGAGAUGUCCCUGGUAUCUUUCAUAGGCUUUUUUGGGUGUGAUUUGAGUGUGGGCGAGGACACACAGGGGCCCCAUGAUCCCCUAUUGCCCGGGUGCCCCAU